AUCCUUGAUACUCAGUCCAGCGAGUCCUCUCUUGGAAAUUCACCUACGAACACAUCUGCCUAGGUCCACAACACGGGGCUAGGUGGGGACUGCCAGCAUGUGCAAAGGCCCGGAGGCUGGAAGGUUGCCCUGGGGAAGGAAGGAGGGAGGUGGGGAAGCCAGCCUAUGCCCUACUUCCCUUGCCCCACCUGCCUAAGGGCGAGGGUCCUCGGGCCUGAACCCACAAUAGGAGACCCCACAGCCCCCAGGGCGCCGGCGACACUCUGGGCAGGUCCCCAAGCUGUGUGCUUCCCGCUGCCCCGGCAGCCAGCGUCCAGCUCAAGGCCUGGUAAUUGUAGGUGUUAUACUUGUAGGAUUCAAGGCGCAAACCCAGCAAAGGCCCGAAGAGCAAAGGGGCCCGCCCGAGGGCCACAGAGAGGCAGAGCCGCUUGCGGCCCUGGAGCUGGCUCAGGCCCCAGGCAGGGCUGGCUCAGGUCCCAGGGGCAGCACGUGCGAGGCCCCGGGGCUCUCGGUGUGUCGAGGGUGCACUUCCUGAAUAAGCUGGCGGGGCCGGCAGGUCCUGGAGGCUUUCUGGAGAUAGUCGGAAGGCGGGACCCGGGGGCUUCCGGGUGGAGGAGAAAGGCGGGGCGCCGGCGGAGGAUCCGUGGCCUACGCUGCGUCCCCGAAGCCGCGGGGGAGCGCAGGAGGCGGGGCGGGCGGCGCCGAGAAACAGCGGCUGCGGGCAGGCGGCGGGAGCAGGGGACGCCGAGCAGGCCGCCACCGCCGAGCAGCCCUCCAGCCGUCCGUGCGUCCGGUCAUCUGUGCGUCCUCCGCGGAGCGGCGGCGGGUCCGGUGGCCGAGCCCAUGCAGCCGCGCAGCGAGCGCCCGGCCGGCAGGACGCAGAGCCCGGAGCACGGCAGCCCGGGGCCCGGGCCCGAGGCGCCUCCGCCGCCGCCGCCCCAGCCACAGCCGCAGCCGCCGGCCCCAGAGGCAGAGCGUGCACGUCCGCGGCAGGCCCGGCCCACUGCCCCCAUGGAGGGUGCAGUGCAGCUGCUGAGCCGCGAGGGCCACACUGUGUCCCACAACUCCAAGCGGCACUACCACGAUGCCUUCGUGGCCAUGAGCCGCAUGCGGCAGCGCGGCCUUUUGUGUGACAUCGUCCUGCACGUGGCUGCCAAGGAGAUCCGGGCGCAUAAGGUGGUGCUGGCCUCCUGCAGCCCCUAUUUCCACGCCAUGUUCACAAAUGAGAUGAGUGAGAGCCGCCAGACGCACGUGACUCUGCAUGACAUCGACCCCCAGGCCUUGGACCAGCUGGUGCAGUUUGCAUACACGGCUGAGAUCGUGGUGGGCGAAGGCAAUGUGCAGACUCUGCUCCCGGCCGCCAGCCUCUUGCAGCUGAAUGGCGUCCGUGAUGCCUGCUGCAAGUUCCUGCUCAGUCAGCUCGAUCCCUCCAACUGCCUGGGCAUCCGGGGCUUCGCCGACACACACUCGUGCAGCGACCUACUCAAGGCGGCACACAGGUACGUGCUGCAGCACUUCGUGGACGUGGCCAAGACCGAGGAGUUCAUGCUGUUGCCGCUGAAGCAGGUGCUGGAACUGGUCUCCAGUGACAGCCUGAACGUGCCUUCGGAGGAGGAUGUCUACCGUGCCGUCCUGAGCUGGGUCAAGCAUGACGUGGAUGCUCGGAGGCAGCAUGUCCCUCGGCUGAUGAAGUGUGUGCGCCUGCCCCUGCUGAGCCGGGACUUCCUACUGGGCCACGUGGAUGCCGAGAGCCUGGUGAGGCACCACCCUGACUGCAAGGACCUGCUCAUCGAGGCCCUCAAGUUCCACCUGCUGCCCGAACAGAGGGGCGUCCUGGGCACGAGUCGCACGCGGCCCCGGCGCUGCGAGGGUGCUGGCCCCGUGCUCUUUGCUGUGGGUGGUGGGAGCCUAUUUGCCAUCCAUGGGGACUGUGAAGCAUAUGACACACGCACUGACCGCUGGCACGUGGUGGCUUCCAUGUCCACGCGCCGGGCCCGAGUGGGCGUGGCAGCAGUUGGGAACAGGCUGUACGCUGUGGGCGGUUACGAUGGGACUUCAGACCUGGCCACUGUAGAGUCGUACGACCCUGUGACCAACACCUGGCAGCCAGAGGUGUGCAUGGGCACAAGGCGCAGCUGCCUGGGUGUGGCUGCCCUGCACGGGCUCCUGUAUGCAGCUGGUGGCUACGAUGGGGCCUCCUGCCUCAACAGUGCUGAGCGCUAUGACCCCCUGACGGGAACAUGGACAUCCAUCGCCGCCAUGAGCACCCGGAGACGAUAUGUGCGUGUAGCCAUGCUCGAUGGGAACCUGUACGCCGUAGGUGGUUACGACAGCUCAUCACACCUGGCCUCCGUGGAGAAGUACGAGCCCCAGGUGAACGCGUGGACACCUGUGGCCUCCAUGCUGAGCCGGCGCAGCUCCGCGGGUGUGGCAGUGCUGGAGGGGGCCCUCUAUGUGGCUGGCGGCAAUGAUGGCACCAGCUGUCUCAACUCGGUGGAGAGAUAUAGCCCCAAGGCUGGUGCCUGGGAGAGUGUGGCACCCAUGAACAUCCGAAGGAGCACGCAUGACCUGGUGGCCAUGGACGGCUGGUUGUACGCCGUGGGGGGCAACGACGGUAGCUCCAGCCUCAACUCCAUUGAGAAGUACAACCCGAGGACCAACAAGUGGGUGGCUGCCGCCUGCAUGUUCACGCGGCGCAGCAGCGUGGGUGUGGCGGUGCUUGAGCUGCUCAACUUCCCGCCGCCCUCUUCGCCCACGCUGUCCGUGUCGUCCACCAGCCUCUGACCUACGGCAGGGACUGCACAGAGGCCGACCCCGCGGCCUUCCACAUGCCUUAAGCCCCAAGGGGUGGCCCCACCUGGGGCGUCCUGCACCGUCUGUCCACGUCUUUGUCUGUUGAGGCCACCCGUUUGUGUUCAUUCCUCAGCGUUAGUUUCUCUGUGUGCCGUUUAUUUAUUUAUUCGUUUAUUUAUUCAUUAUUUAUUGGUGGAUGAGCAGCGCUGCAGCUCCCAGUUUAUACGUUUAGUCGAAGUGUCUGUGUCUCUGGGAGCAAGUUGCCCUUCAGGGUGUCCUACCAUCCGCUGGGGGCUCCAGGGAGCAAUGGGGGUGGACAUUUGGGCCAACUCUGCCUCUGCAGGUCUGGGGGAUCACGGGUCAGAUGCAGAGCAGCCAGGGUUAGUGGGGGGGCUUUCUAAUCAGAUACAGACCCCCCCCAGCCUGUACUUUGCACACCGCCUUUUCCUCCCCCAGCCAGGCACGCUCCCAGGGAGGGCACAAAUUGGGCUUCCUUCCUGUGGGGUAGUGUCUUUUCUGGAUCCUGCACUGAGCUGGGCACACGUGUGCCACAGACCACACACAGCAAUAUGAGUCGACUUGAACAAUAAACACGUUUCUUGGGCUCUGUGGGCCUGAGGCUGAGCAUCCA